AUGUGUAUAAGAGACAGGCGCACCACACCACGGAGGUUCCCUGGCACUACCAAGCAUCACUACCUCACCACAGUCAUGGAUGUGGUGCGGCGGGGGUGGGGGGCGCUGCAGGUGCGGCUGCUGGUGUCCCUGGACCGCGCGCAGGGCGUGGCCGAGGCCGCGGACACCCUGGACACUGUCCUCCAGCUCCUGCAGGAAGGACACUCGGAGCUGCUGGUGGGGGUGGACGUGAGCGGUGACCCUGCCAGGGGCGACAUGAGGGACCUGCUGCCUCUGCUGCAGCGGGCGCGUGCUGCGGGGCUGGCUGUUGUGCUGCACUGUUGUGAGCUGCUGACGCCGUCCUGUCACGACGAGCUCCUGUCAGUUCUGUCAGCACUGCCUGUUGCCAGACUCGGCCAUUGCACCUUCCUGUCAAGCAGCCCCCAGCUCCUGGCAUUGGUCAUGGCUAAUGAUAUUCCUAUGGACUGAUGACAUGGGCAUCUUCAACACCUCCCUGAGCAACGAGCUCCUCCUUGUGGCUGAAACGUUUGGCCUGACGCCGGCACAGCUGGUGCGUCUGACCCUCACCGCUGCGGGUGCAGCACUGGCCCGCCAGCCGCUCAAGGCCGCCCUCGUCGACGCCAUCUCGCGCAAGACCAACGAACUUUUGUCCGCCUUCCACGCACAAGAUGAUUCGUAG